AUGACUUCUCCUACCGUCAAGCUCAACAGCGGCCACCAGAUGCCCCUCGUUGGCUUUGGACUUUGGAAAGUCAACAAUGACACCUGUGCCGAUACUGUCUAUAACGCCAUCAAGUCUGGCUACCGUCUCUUUGAUGGUGCAUGUGACUACGGCAACGAACAAGAAUCCGGCCAAGGCGUCGCCCGCGCCAUCAAAGAAGGCAUAGUCAAACGCUCCGACCUCUUCCUCGUCUCCAAGCUUUGGAACUCCUUCCACGACCACGACCGUGUCGAGCCCAUCUGCAAAAAGCAACUCGAAGACUGGGGUAUCGACUACUUCGAUCUCUACAUCGUCCAUUUCCCCAUCUCCCUCAAAUACGUCGAUCCUUCCGAGCGCUACCCUCCCGGCUUCACCUACGAUGGCAAGAACGUCGUUCCCGGUAACGCUACCAUCCAAGAGACUUGGACGGCCAUGGAGAAGCUUGUGAGCAAGGGUAUGGCCAAAUCCAUCGGCAUCAGCAACUUCAACGGCCAGCUCCUCAUGGAUCUCCUCCGCUACGCCAAGAUCCCUCCCGCGACCCUCCAAAUCGAACAUCACCCCUACCUCACCCAAGAAGGCCUCGUCAAAUUUGCCCAAAGCCAAGGCAUAGCCAUCACAGCCUACUCAUCCUUCGGUCCCCAAUCCUUCCUCGAACUCGACAUGCAGCGCGCCAAAGACACGCCUCUACUCAUGGAUAACGCAACGGUCAAGAAGACCGCCGAGAAGCAUGGCAAGACGCCCGCGCAGGUACUAUUGCGUUGGGCGACGCAGAGAGACGUGGCGGUCAUCCCGAAGAGCAACAACCAGGGACGUCUGGCGCAGAACCUGGAUGUUACGGGUUGGAAUCUCGAGAAGAGUGAGGUGGAGAGCAUUAGUGGGUUGGAUAAGGGGUUGAGGUUUAACGAUCCAUUGAACUAUGGGGUCCCGCAGCCUAUCUAUGUCUAA